AUGCUCAAAUCUUCCUGGUUACCAUUACUCUUGCUAUUUUGCCCUGGGUCUCAAGCAAAUGAGAAUCUAGUGUUUGCUCGGCAAGAAAACGGCAUCAUUCACCUUCGUUCCGAUGGGUCUCGUCCAGCUCAAUUCGUGAUCGAUCAUGGUCACGAUGUCAAUGGCUUCACCACAUACCAUGUCCUGAACGCAUCCGGAGAUACCUCUGACUUCAGCAUUGCGCACAGCGAGACAAGAGCGUUGCUCAAUGACGAUCAGAGCGACGGACCAAUCGCCAUGGCUGCCGCUCAGCAAACCUACCGAGUUCAACACUACAAUACCUCCGCCGUCAACACCACCCACACCAGCCGUCUUCUGCAGGGCGGUGUGCGCUGGCAGCUGCUUACUCUAUCCUCGCCUGGUGAUCUCAUGCUUUCGAAUGUCGGUCUCAUACCCUCUCCUCGCAUCAGCAACUCGCAAGGUGUUUUUGAAUGCUCGAAUGCCAACUGGACCAACAUAUGGAACACCGGUGCCGCGACUAUCGCUGGCAGUAUGAUCGCCGCAGAAUCCAUACCUGAGUUCUGGCAACUUCAGACAGAGGGAGCUCAUAUCGAAAGUGCAGCACCGCAACCAUAUACCGGCCUUCAAGCUCAAGCUCUGACAUCUUAUGAGAUGAACUUUACUGUGAAGCCUGUGGUAGGCGGGUUCAGCUUCAAGGUUCUGAGUGAUACACUCGGUGAGGGCAUAUAUAUCUGGGUCGACCUGUCCAAGCGCACAAUCUCGGCUUUUGAUGGCUCGACGGAAGCUGGCAAUCUUUUGACGAACGCAUUUUUCAAUGGCACUGGAGACGCUCUCGAUCGUUGGUAUCGCGUUUCCGCUUCGGUUGACUUGUCCAAGAUUGAUGUGUCCAUCGAUGACACACUGAUACUGUCGUUCUCACAGACCUCAAAAUUUUACGGUUCCUUUGGACUUGGAGCUGCGAAUGGUCAAUCGGCACUCUUCACCAAUCUAUCGGUAACAUCAGCAGGCGCAACCAUCUAUUCGUCAACCCUGACAUCCCAAUCUGUUCUCGAGGAUUUCCUCGUCGGGACAAAUCCUCUGAAUAUGAUUGUCGACGGCGCCCGGCGCGAUAGAAUCGCAUAUGCAGGCGACCUCGAUAUCGCCGCCCGCACAGUAGCAACCAGCAACUUCCAACUCGAGUACAUCAACAACACUAUCCAGCUCUUGGCUUCCAACCAAAUGACGGCCGGCUUCUUCGUUCCGACAGUCAAGAUACAGCAGUCGCCCAGACAAGAGCUGAUCAACAUCAACCAGACGGGUUUGAUUGCCUAUUCAUUCAGUCUGUUGAGUGCAAUGGGCGAGUACGUUUUAAUCUCAGGUAACAUUGCAGCCGCCAAAGCGUAUGCGCCAGCAGCAACGCGUAUGCUGGACUGGGCAGCGUCACAGAGACUCUCAAAUGGCCUUUUCAAUCUGUCCGACGCCGGUUUCGGGGGUGAUUGGAAUUACUACGAUCCAGCGCGGUCGGGUGUAGUGACGAAAUUCAACGUCGUGUAUGCGCUCGCAUUGCAGGAGGUGAUACCCAUGCUCGCUGUCGCCGGCAUCAACACAACGAGAUACCAGGAGACGCUCGAAGAUCUGCGAGUGUCGAUCAACGCACACCUCUACAGCAACACCAGUAACGCCUAUAUGAUCUCGUCAUCCCAGACGCAAGGAAUAGCUCAAGACGCCAACGCCAUGGCAAUCCUCGCAGACAUUCCUCAAGGCACUCACACAAAACUCAACAUCUCGCGAGCAAUGGCCGCUCAGCUCUUGGUCAAUCAUGGUGCCCUCCCCUUUUCGAAUUCAACACCUGGAGUCUCCAAGAUAAUCAGUCCAUUCGCAUCUUCCUACCACUUACGCGCCGCUUUUGCCGCCCAAGACCCCCCAUCCGCCAAACAUCUGCUAGACAACCUCUGGACACCGAUGACUUUGCAAACAGCCGCAAACUACAGUGGCUGUUUCUGGGAAGCAGUGAGUCUUGACGGUAAACCUGGGUUGGGGGAUGGAACAUCACUCUGUCACGCGUGGUCUUCAGGUCCAACAGCAGAGUUGACAAGAAAUGUACUUGGAAUCCAAGCGGUGACGCCAGGAUUCCGUGAAUGGCGCGUGGUUCCUCAAUCUUUGGGGUUGGAAUGGGCUAGGGGAAGUCAACCGACGCCAUCGGGCUACAUCACUGUUGAGUGGAGAUACGACGAACAGGGACUUGUCUCGAUGGAUGUCUCUGCACCUCCUGGAACUCGGGGUAGUGUGAGCUUACCGUGGCCAAUGGAACCUUUGACAAAGAACAGUACAGUUGUUACGCUUGUCAAUGGUCGUGUUGUACAGGGUCAUGAGUUUGAAGCUGUUGGUGGUGGACAAUUCCAACUCACACAAUACUAUACUGAUUCUGCUUGA